AUGAAUUUAUAAUUAUUAGACACACUUGAAUUAGGUAAUAAGAGGAAUUAAGCAAGAUUGCUUGAAUAGAUUCAUGAGUUAUCAAUACAAUAAAAAAAGAAACUCUUAAUCAAUAUACUAAAAUGUUCGAUUUAAGAGAGAAAAUAAGAAAUUCUAUAAUUAAUGAGAAUACUUAUGUAGAAUUUCGAUAUUUUCUAAUAAUUUCAGACUGACCAAAAUGAUUUCGAAGCUUAUGAUUAUUGUUUACGUCAUAUUUAAUAUGACACUUUUGAUAAAGUAAGUUGACAUAUUAACUGAUUUCAGAAUGCUGUGAUAUACGAAAUAGGUGAAUAAGCUAAUAAUGUAUAUAUGGUAAUAUCAGGCUAAGUUUCUCUGUAUAUAUAAGAUGAUAUAUUCAACUCAAAUAAAUCAAGGUAAUAAUCUUUUAGUGUUAAUAAUGAUAAUAGGACACAGUAGAUAUAAAAAUUGAAAUAUUCAGAUCACAUUAUAUAAAAGUAUUAUUAAAUCAUAAGUAAAAAUAGUUUAGUUCGUUUGAGUGAAAUUAAGGAAUGGAAAGUUUUUGGAGAAUAAUUAGACAAGAAAAGAAUGAAUAUAGCCAUUUGUGAUAUAGAUAGUUCAAUAGGAAUUCUAAGUAAAGAAUCAUUUUAAAUUGCAAUAUCAAUUAUGUAACAAAAAUAGGAAUAAAAAAGAAUGAAAAAUUUUAAAUUAAAUCCUAGUUUUUAGGGAUUAAAUUAAAGAUUACUAAAUUUGAUGUUGUUUUCUUUUUCAACUUAAGAUUAUAAAUUUAGAGAUGUUAUUUACAAAAAAGGUUAAUUAGAUUCUGAUAUUAUUUACAUAAUAAAAUAAGGAGAAUUUGUUGUUUAUCAAUAAAAACAUAAUGUGAGAAAAUAAUUAGCAAUUAUGACAGAAGGAGAAUUUUUUGGUGAUUAUGAGGCUUUUGAAAAAAUACCUCGUUAAUUUAAUGUUUCAUGUCAUUCUCAUCUAGGUAAUUUAAUUAUCAUACCAAUCUAAAUAUUAUAUUCAAAAUUAUCAUAAUAUAAUGAAUAACAUUAUUUAUAGUAAUUAAAGAAAUUAUGUAUUAAAAGAAAUAAAUUUUAUAAACAAUUUGAAAACAAUAUUGAAUAAACUUAAGGAAUCUAUUAAAGAUAUUUAACUGUUUCAGAUUUAAAAAAUGGAAUAAAAAAUGAUUCAGCUAUUAAAAUUGAUCCAAUUUAAAAUAUUCCUGAUAUUCAAUCAUAAAUAAGUCCAAUAAGAGAAUUAAAAAAUACAUUAAGUUAUUUAACAUCAAUUGAAGAAUCUUAAAUAAGUAAUAAUUAGAUGAAUAAUAAUAAUAAUAAUAAUAAUAAUAAUAAUAAUAAUAAUAAUAAUAAUAAUAAUAAUAAUAAUAAUAAUAAUAAUAAUAAUAAUAAUAAUAAUAAUAAUAAUAAUAAUAAUAAUAAUAAUAAUAAUAAUAAUAAUAAUAAUAAUAAUAAUAAUAAUAAUAAUAAUAAUAAUAAUAAUAAUAAUAAUAAUAAUAAUAAUAAUAAUAAUAAUAAUAAUAAUAAUAAUAAUAAUAAUAAUAAUAAUAAUAAUAAUAAUAAUAAUAAUAAUAAUAAUAAUAAUAAUAAUAAUAAUAAUAAUAAUAAUAAUAAUAAUAAUAAUAAUAAUAAUAAUAAUAAUAAUAAUAAUAAUAAUAAUAAUAAUAAUAAUAAUAAUAAUAAUAAUAAUAAUAAUAAUAAUAAUAAUAAUAAUAAUAAUAAUAAUAAUAAUAAUAAUAAUAAUAAUAAUAAUAAUAAUAAUAAUAAUAAUAAUAAUAAUAAUAAUAAUAAUAAUAAUAAUAAUAAUAAUAAUAAUAAUAAUAAUAAUAAUAAUAAUAAUAAUAAUAAUAAUAAUAAUAAUAAUAAUAAUAAUAAUAAUAAUAAUAAUAAUAAUAAUAAUAAUAAUAAUAAUAAUAAUAAUAAUAAUAAUAAUAAAUUGUUAACUGA